AUGGUUGGUCCCAUUAGCUCAGUCCUCAAGAUAUUUAAUGGUGAAGUUAAAGGGUUGUGCAAAAGUGUGUGCAAACUAUAUAGCUACAAAAUAGCCACUAAACAUGGACUAUAUAAUCGGCGGACUCGCCGGCGCGGGCGCUACUAUAUUCACAAAUCCUAUGGACGUUGUAAAAACAAGGUUACAAUUACAAGGGGAGUUACGAGCCCGAAC